AUGCGCCGUGAUGUGCAGAUAUUGUGCGCAUUACAGUUCAUCAAUCUUGCUACUUGCCCUGCGCUGCUUUCCGCCUUCUUCCUAGUAUCCCCUGCGCUCCCUUCUAUCCACCUCUUUGCCAUCCCCCUUGCCUCUCCUCAGGAUUCUGCUCCCGCAAGACACGUGUCGCCCGGCGACGGAAGCCCUUCAUCGCCGCAUUCCCCGGGUGCGCGUCGCAUCGCUACAGCUUCAAGGAUCGCCGCAUUCAUCGGGUGCGUCGCUCUGCUCGGCGCGCUCUGCCUCCUCGCGCCGCGCCGAACCGCCUUGGAGACACGUGCUGACGAUGCCGUCGAGAUUAGCAGCAGCAGAAGCGCGGCUGUUCGCUUCUUCGCGUUCGGCGACUGGGGUCGCAACGGCACGUUCAACCAGUCGCUCAUCGCACAGCAGGUGCGACGCACGCCCUUUCUCAUCGUCCUUCACGCUGUGACCACACGCCAUCCGCACACCCCUUCCUUGCUAUGCAAUGCACCCAUCUUUCCUUCUACCCUGUGCGGUGGAGAUGGGUGCAGUGGGGCAACAAAUGGUCCCUCAGUUUGUGGUGUCGGUGGGGGACAACUUCUAUGA